GCAGCAGCCGCCCGUGCCCCGGGGCAGGGAGCAGCAUCCUGUGACCCAAACCCGGGACGCGGCGCUUCCAAACGCGUCACCAGUGGUUCUGUCUCCUUUAGUGAAACCUCCCUCACACGCUGCUCUUGCGGUCGGUUUUGCCUUCCCGACACCUGGGCAACUCGAGAUCAGCGCGACAAAAGGGUUUAUUUGGGAAGGAGAAAAUAAAUCUGGAACCACCUCCCUCCCACAGCUGCUUGCUCCCGUCGGGAUAACGCUGGGGUUUGACCAGGGGGAGUAGCCAGGGCUCUGGGGCCCCGGUGCGAUAAGUUCUGCCCCGGGGGUCCUGGCUCCCUGUAAGGAGCUGAGAUCACCCCGAGCCCCCCACACCGUUCCCGCCGGGGGCCUCCCCCAGCACUCGCGGGCCGAGCCGUGAGGGCGGCGCACCGCCCACAUCCGCCAUACAUCAUUUCCUGGGCUUUAAAAAACGGGGAAAAAAAGAGGAAAAAAAAUCCAGCUAAGCGGGUUCUGUCCUGUCCGGAGGUUCGGGGCCGUACCCGGGUGUCGCCGCUACCCGCGCCGACACCAUGAAGGCUCAGCCCGCGGCAGCCUCCGUCGUCUGCCUGUGCCUGGUGCUGGCGGCCUGCGCCGCCUCCGCCGCGGGAGGGCUCGGAAAGGGUUUUGGAGAUCAUAUUCACUGGAGAACACUAGAAGAUGGGAAGAAAGAGGCAGCAGCCAGUGGUUUGCCUCUUAUGGUUAUCAUCCACAAGUCCUGGUGUGGAGCUUGCAAAGCUUUAAAGCCAAAGUUUGCUGAAUCCAAGGAGAUCUCUGAACUUGCCCAUAAUUUUGUUAUGGUCAACCUUGAGGAUGAUGAAGAGCCAAAGGAUGAAGCCUUUAGUCCUGAUGGAGGUUACAUUCCCAGAAUCCUCUUCAUGGACCCCAGUGGAAAAGUCCAUCCAGAAAUCAUAAAUGAGAGAGGAAACCCCAGCUACAAGUAUUUCUAUACCAACGCUGAUCAGGUUGUCCAAGGGAUGAAAGAGGCCCAGGAGAAGCUGACAGGCGAUGCUUUCAAAAAGCACCUGGGAGAUGAACUAUAAUGGAUACACUGAAUGAGACCUUUUCAUCACUUCAAAACUGAGAGGAAAUUAUUAAACAGACCAAGAAUGUAGAUGCACUGAAGGGACAUAAUUCCCCUGUCAAUGUUAGGUUAAGCCCUGUUUGGAGUUCACACACACACACACACACAACAGUUACAGUGUUUUCUCUGCCUGGCAGUUUGCACUGUGGUGGUUCUUUGCAACUGGGUAAUGUGCAAACACAUCUCUGUGUGUUUGAGCAACCACUAAUAUUUGAUGUUAAAAGGGAGGUGUGUAGGGAAAAUGCUAUUUGAGAACAAUGUGAUGGGAAAAGCUAGAAACAGCCAUCAUUUUGAGACUAAUCAGGGUUGAAUCUCUCUUUUCUCACUGAUAUUAUGUGAUCCCAUAGUUUUUACUGGGCAUUCCCAUCACAGGGGCAUGUUCCUGGGCCAGUUGUUUUCUAGAUAUCCAAAACCAUGAAUUCUGCCACUACACCAAGUAGAAUACAUUUCAUGAAUGUCCAAGUAGCAUGUGAAUUAUCAGCUCUGCAAAUGUAUUUUUGUGUAAAACUGUUGUGAUUCAUCUUUAUUUGCCUUUGGGCAGAAGUUGAACUUUUUCCUUAUGCACUCACCUUUUGAUUGUUCCAUCAAGUGAGGAUGGGUUAUGUUGAAGCUUUACGGGGUUUCCCCUUUUAUUCUUUGAAUGUUUUUGGCGAAUGCCUUGCCAUCACAUUGUACUGUAUUUUUGUACCAGGGUGAAAAAAUUAAACCUUUUUAAACAUAA